CUCCCCUGGUUUUCCUCCCGCGGCCGCCGAGAGACACUGCCCUCUCCCUUCUUGACCCCGGUCUCUUCCCUCCCGCCGCCGUUGCUUCUGGCGCUGCCGCUCCGGAGGAGCUCCGGCACGGUGAUGGGGUCCAGGGCCUCCACGUUACUGCGGGACGAAGAGCUCGAGGAGAUCAAGAAGGAGACUGGCUUUUCCCACAGUCAGAUCACUCGCCUGUACAGCCGGUUCACCAGCCUGGACAAAGGAGAGAACGGAACUCUCAGCCGGGAAGAUUUCCAGAGGAUUCCAGAACUUGCCAUCAACCCACUGGGGGACCGAAUUAUCAAUGCCUUCUUUUCAGAGGGAGAGGACCAGGUAAACUUCCGUGGAUUCAUGAGAACUUUGGCUCAUUUCCGACCCAUUGAGGAUAAUGAAAAGAGCAAAGAUGUGAAUGGACCAGAACCACUCAACAGCCGAAGCAACAAACUGCACUUUGCUUUCAGACUGUACGAUUUGGAUAAAGAUGACAAGAUCUCGAGAGAUGAGCUGUUACAGGUGCUACGCAUGAUGGUUGGAGUGAAUAUCUCCGAUGAGCAGCUGGGCAGCAUUGCAGACAGGACCAUCCAGGAGGCUGAUCAGGAUGGUGACAGUGCCAUAUCUUUCACAGAAUUUGUUAAGGUUUUGGAGAAGGUGGAUGUAGAACAGAAAAUGAGCAUCCGAUUUCUUCACUAAAGGACUGAGACCAAUUAUCCUUGCUUUCAAGUAUUUAAGAACUGGAACUUAAGAGUCCUCCUGUUACUCCAACCCCUCCCUUAUCCCAUCAUCCCCCUUUUCCCAGAAUACUAAUGCUCUUGCAUGACAACCCCAGAUUUCUGCCUUUGGUGUAUAAACAGGGCGUUACAGAAUGGUACCCUGGGUCUAUUUCUGUUCAGUGUCCACCCACCAGUUCUCCAUUUAUAAGUACCAUCUCCCCCUGUUCUGCUGCUGAACGCCACACAUCCAUCCAGUCUAAGGAAAUGAGGCAGGAACUCAUGCCAAGAACCAGCCAGCAAAGUUCCCAAUGGAUGGAACCCAUAGCCAUGCUGCCUUCCCUCCAGCAAGGCUCUGGCAUGCUCCUGCGUCCUUCUUGUAUGUCUUUUACUUCUACUUUCCUGUCACCUAUCCUUCCAUCCAUUCAGUCUUUCAGCCUCCCUACUUAUCAUUGAGCCUCAAGAUUCCCUCUGUUCUACUUGACAUCAGGCUAUGCUGUUAACAUCUUUCUGACUUGGCAGGGUAGUUCUGUGGUCUGCCAGUUUUUAUAUACCUUCACUUAAUGGGUCUCUGGGAUAUUGCCUUUUCAGGAGCUUUUCAGUAACCAGUACUGCUACUCUUGGAAGAAUAUGACUCUCUUGGUCCCCUACACUGCUCUGUCAUCAAAGGUCGUAUGAGUAGCGAUGUUCUUAAAAGGUGGCCUUGGUGAGACUUGUAGAGCCGUGUCUCCUAGGUGGCUUGCCCAGGUCUCUACCUCUGGCCUCUGAUUUUCAACAUAAGUACAGUGUUGACAUCCAGAAAAUAGUCUUAUGCCUGCAGGUUUGCUUUGCUUAGGACACUGUCACUACCAGAGUGGCUGUUCUGACAGUUUGCUUGGGGACCAUCUCAUGGUUUUCUGAACAAAGAGGCUAGGCACCCUGUAAAGUCGCCUGCAUCCAUACUGCAGCAUGGGUUAUGCCUCAGUGUUAGAUACACUGGAAUAUUUUUCACUUCUCAUUUCCAAACAGAAAGAUUAGUGUUACAGAAGUGCCUAUCUCAGUCCUAAAGAAUUAAAGAUUGUCCUCGGUGUCUUAAAGUUUUGCACAAAAUUCUGUAUGAAUUUUACACUUGGCAAAUUAUAAUGCUAGAAGCCAGAGUCAGCUCAUACUGGUCCAAAGCAUUGAAUAUAUUGUCUCAUUAGCUUCCUAGUCACAUGACCUUCCUAGCUACUCUUGUAGACCACUGCAGAUCCCUUGGAAGCACACAGGGCAGGCACUGGUGGCACAGACUGAGGUGGCAUUAGAGGUCUUUGAAUAACCUAGCUAAACUUUCUGCCAAUGUCAGCUUAGUUUAGACUUGACUGAAUCAGGCUGUUCCCAUCCUAUGUAUGUGAAUCUGUUUGUAUAUUUGCUCUGACUGGCAUGCCGACUCAUUGCUUGUUUCCUUGCCUUGGAAGGCUAUCCAAGAUGGGUAAACAAUUCUUUAGGAAAAAAAAAUUGCUAUUAAAAAAGCAAGCAAACAAAAAUACUGCAGAAAGAAUGGGUAAAAGUGAGAAGCAAGGGAGUGGAUAGGGUGGAUGACUCAGUCUGCAGGAAUGGGGAAUUCUUAAUAGGCUAUCAGUCUGACUUUGUGAUCAAAUGAUGUAAUAUAUAGGAAUUGUAUAAAAGGAAGAUACUGAAUUGUUAGAUGCUGAAUUGUUAGAGAAGUACUCCAGAGGCUUCUUGAUUUACAUAAAGUUCUUAAGAUUAUGGCCCCCCCCUUUGGCUGUAUAGCAAACUGUUUUAAUCCACAGUUGUGCCUUAUUGUCUCAUUAAAAUUGUAUUCCUCGAUUCAUCAAUAAAUAAUUGUGGUUAAAACAAAAA